UUGUUUCCGUAGAUCAGGUAUUUUUAACAAACGAACAGACCGUUUUCUACAUAUUGCAUGUGUAUUUUGUAACCAGAUUGUUGAAAAUUUUAGGAAAUUAUUCACUUAUGAAAAUAUUUACAGAUAUUUCAUAUUAUUAUAGCGACCUAAUAAGUAAUUUAAGAUGGGAAAAUCCAAGAAAGUACCGAAAGGAAAGGCUAUCGAGAGUGAGUCGGAAAAUGAAAUUGAUACCCAAGAGCUAAUUGAUAAAGCUAGUAAUAAAAAGUCAAAAACAUCAAAAUCAGCUCUGUCAGAUGACACCAAGAGCGAACAACCCACCAAAACCAACAUUAAAAAAAAGAAAGGGAAGAAAGACCAACAAAUUGAUUCCGAUGACUCUGGUGCCGAAACAACUAUAACAAAAACGAAAAAGUCGUUUGCUGUUCUCCAAAUUGAUGAUGAAGAAUCUGAGCAAGAACAACCAGCAGAUGAAGAUAGUGAUAGUGAGCCAAAACUGGCUAAAAAAGACAAAAAAAAAUCUAGUGAUGAAAAUCGGACUACAAAAGAACUGGGGGGUAAGAAGGGUAAGAAAAAUAGGAAAAGACGUGAUGAAAGUGAUGAAGAUAUUGAAAAAGUGUUGGCUGAGCUUGAAUUAGAAUAUUCGGGAAAUAAAAAAGAAGAGGAGCCACUAUCAAUUAAACAUGAACAGGAAGCUGACGAGAAGGAAAAAAAAUCCAAGAAGAAAAAAGAGAAAGAACCUUCAGUAGAACCUACUGUAGACGAGAAAGAAUCAGAAGUAGUUGGCACUGUGAAAACUGCUGCUCAGAAAAAGAAAGAGAAAAAGGAAAGAGAGAAGCAAAAGAAACUUGCUUCAAAGAAACAAGAAGUGGCAAAACCAGAAACCGAAGAAGAUACAUCAAAUAAAGAAACUUCUGGAGAGAAAGAAGAGGAUACCGUAAAAAUAGAGAAACCUUCAGAAGAUAAGAAUGAAGAGGUGGAAGACCAGGAUGGGGACAAAAAAAGUAAAAAAAAGAAAAAGAAAGGUGCAAAAGAUGAAGAAGAUAAAGAUGCUAAGGAAACAAAGAAAGGUCCUGGCAAGAAGACAAUAGCAGCUAUGCAAGAAGCCCUCAAAAAGCUGAAAGAGGAAGAAGAGCGUCUGAAACGGGAAGAGGAGGAACGCAUUCGUAAAGAGGAGGAAGCUGAGAAAGCUAGAGAAGAAGCAAUGAGACUGGAACAGGAGCGUAAGGAGCGGAAAAAGCAGAAGGAGAAAGAGAGAAAAGAAAGACUAAAGGCUGAAGGAAAACUGUUGACAGCAAAGCAGAAGGCAGACCGAGCUAGGGCUCAAGCUAUGAUUGAUAACUUGAAAGCUCAAGGAAUGGAGUUGCCUGAUGUUGGAGAGAGGAAACCGCGACUUGGUACCAGGGUGAGACCGUCUAAACAGAAGAAGGAGCCAGCACCAGCUACAAAACAGGAAGAACCGGAAGAGGUAAAGCCUGAAGAAGCAAAAGUACCAGUUGAAGUUGUGGAGGAACCAAAAGAAGAGAAGAAAGAAGAACCAGAAGAGGAAGAUGAUGUCAAAGAUGCUUGGGAUGCUUCCUCUGAGGAAGAAGAAGAAGAAUCUGAAGAAUCACCUAAACCUAUUGAAACCCUUGAAAACGCUAAGAAAAAUGACGAAGAAGAAGAUGAAGAUAGUGUUUCAGAGGAGGAGGAAGAGUCUGAUUCUGAAGAAGAAGAUAGUGGAUCAGCUUCAGAAGAUGAAGAUGAUGGUAGAAGUCAGGCUGAGAAAGCUCGAGAUAAGGCUUUGGAAAGAAUAAGGGUAAGAAAAGAGCAGGCAGAAAAGAACAGAACUCCUGAUGUUUUGAGAGCUGCCAUAGUAUGCGUACUGGGACAUGUAGAUACAGGCAAAACUAAAAUAUUAGAUAAACUUCGAAGAACCAAUGUACAAGAUGGUGAAGCUGGAGGAAUUACUCAACAAAUUGGUGCUACAAAUGUGCCAAUUGAUGCUAUCAAAGAGCAAAUCAAGAUUGUUAAAGAGGUGAAUAACAUGGAACUGAAAAUACCAGGGCUACUCAUCAUCGAUACACCAGGUCACGAAUCUUUCUCGAAUUUAAGAAAUCGAGGUUCGUCUUUGUGUGACAUUGCUAUUCUAGUAGUCGAUAUUAUGCAUGGGUUGGAACCGCAAACCAUUGAAUCCAUCAACAUCUUGAAAAGUAAAAAGACUCCAUUUAUUGUGGCUCUCAACAAAAUUGAUCGACUUUAUGAUUGGCAGACGAUGAACAGGAGAGAUGUGAGAGAUAUCUUGAAAGCACAAGCACAGAAUACUCAUUUGGAGUUUGAGCAAAGGUCGAAGGAAAUCAUUGUUCAGUUUGCCGAACAAGGUUUGAAUGCCGCCCUAUUCUAUGAGAAUCCAGACAUCCGAAGCUAUGUUUCUUUAGUACCCACCAGUGCAAUAACGGGUGAAGGCAUGGGCAACCUGCUUGCCCUCAUAGUUGAGUACUGCCAAACCAAACUCACCAAGCGACUCAUGUAUUCCGAUGAACUGCAGGCCACGGUGCUGGAAGUUAAGGCCAUUCCUGGACUCGGAACAACUAUCGAUGUCAUUUUGGUGAACGGUACUCUGAGAGAGGGUGACACGAUGUUGUGUGCUGGGACUGAAGGUCCAAUUGUGACGCAGAUCAGAUCAUUGCUGAUGCCCCAACCAAUGAAGGAGUUGAGAGUUAAAAAUGCUUACAUAGAAUAUAGAGAGAUCAAAGCAGCCCAGGGUGUGAAGAUUGCUGCCAAAGAAUUAGAAAAGGCUAUAGCAGGUCUCAAUCUAUAUAUCGCCAACAAGCCAGAUGAAGUUGAAAUCCUCAAGGAAGAGGUGUCUAGGGAACUUAAAUCAGCCCUGUCAAAUAUAAAACUUGCAGAAAGAGGUGUGUAUGUUCAAGCUUCCACACUCGGAUCAUUGGAGGCUUUGUUGGAGUUUUUGAGAACAAGCAAAAUUCCGUAUUGCGGUAUCAGGAUUGGACCAAUUGUGAAAAGAGACGUCAUGAAAGCAUCGAUAAUGCUGGAACAUGAAAGCCAGUACGCCACUAUCUUGGCCUUCGAUGUUAAGAUAGAGCGCGACGCCCAAGAACUAGCCGACAGCCUCGGCGUCAAAAUCUUCCAAGCAGACAUCAUCUAUCACCUUUUCGACAAAUUCAUGGCGUACCGAGAGGAACUGAAGCAGCGCAAACGAGAAGAAUUCAAACAUAUCGCCGUGUUCCCCUGCAAGCUUAAGAUCCUGCCCCAGUUCGUGUUCAAUUCUCGUGAUCCCAUAGUCGCUGGCGUCAUGGUCGAAGCCGGAAUUGUCAGAGAGGGAACGCCUAUUUGCGUGCCUAGCAAAGAAUUUGUGGACAUUGGCGUGGUCACUAGUAUAGAAAACAAUCACAAACAUGUGGAGUCUGCAAGAAAAGGUAUGGAAGUUUGCAUCAAGAUUGAGCCCGUACCUGGAGAAUCUCCUAAAAUGUUUGGUAGGCAUUUUGAUGAAACGGACUUCCUUGUCAGUAAGAUAUCUCGUCAGUCGAUUGAUGCGUGCAAGGAUUACUUCAGAGACGACCUCACAAAAACUGACUGGCAACUCAUGGUUGAACUGAAGAAGCUCUUCCAGAUUUUAUAGCUUUUCUAUCUAUUUUUCUUCCUUUAUUUUCCACCAUAUCUACUAAUUUUUAUUUUUUAAAGUGCAGUAUUUUUCAUUUUCUUCCUCAAUACUCCUGACAGGUUAUCUAUCUAUAUAUCUAUCUUUAAAUGAUGAAUUAUGUUACAAUAAAUUGGAUUGAUCGUUUACUGAACGUUUUUGAAUGUUGUGUAUUGAAUUGAGCAGGCUGAAAUUUAAAAAAAAUGGAUGUAUAUUUAUAUAAGUGAAUAAAUAAUUAUAAAUUGUUA